GUUCCCAAAAAGUCAACAAUCUGGGAGUGGUUAUUCGAGCCACCAUCUUCGUUCUUAAGGUCUGUGCGGAAGGAGAGCUCGGGAGGCUUUUCCGAUGCGCAAACUGGGCGAAGAAUAUCUUUCGAUGUGCUCAAACAGUACGCGACAGCACUCUCGACUAGAUUGUCGCAAGAAUUUACUCUGCUACCUGGGGAAAAUGUAGCCGUCAUAUGCGAAAACUCAAUCUGGUAUCCCGUUGCUGUGUUUGCGGCACUGCGGUUAGGUGCCACCGUCACGGCGUUGAGUCCCGAAUAUGGACCUGAAGAGCUAGUUUACGCGUUAAAAAUAGCAAGGUCAAAAAUCGUGUUUAUAGAUGGAGUGUCGUUUGAAGCUGCUCAUUCUGCGACAAAACAGCUGGGCAUACCAACUAGCAGUGUUGUUCGCUUGGACUGGGUGGCAGAGCACAGCAACAUAGAAUCUUUGGUUGAUGAAGGCCUCAAGUUUGCUCCAGUGCCUGCUUUUUCCUUGCCAAUUGGUGGAAAUAGCGAGACAACCUGCGCCUUUUUGAGUUUCACAUCUGGAACGACAGGACUGCCGAAAGCUAUCAUCAUCUCCCAUAGGAAUGUCAUCGCCCAAGCUUAUCAAGUCCUAUCAGUAACACGACCCGGACCGGCGCAGAAGUUGUUAGGAGUUUUACCAUUAUUCCAUAUCACGGGUAUUGUGCAUAUUUUGCAACUUCCUGUGCUUUUGGGCCAAGAGGUGAUCCUGAUGUCGAAGUUCACAAUGCAGAGCAUGCUUGAUGCGGUAGCGAAGUACAGAUGUGAGGAACUGUGGUUGGUUCCUCCUCUACUCAUUCGACUGGUAAACGAUGCCACUGUGGGUGGAUACGACCUAUCCAGCGUUAAACAGUUCAACACAGGCGCUGCCCCUCUCGCACCAGAGAUUAUCGCAAAACUGGGGGAAGCCUACCCUCAGGUAGCCAUUAGACAAGCAUGGGGAAUGACGGAGAGUUGUAGCUGCCUGACCGUGACACCGCCCGAGCACCAAACGUACGCUAAUGCACACACCGUGGGAAAGGUUGUUGCCGGCACGACUUUGAAAGUGAUAGACGUGGAGGACGGACAGGAAAUGGGCGUGGGAGAAGUAGGCGAGAUACUUGCUAGAGGUCCACAGGUCACGAUAGGGUACCUGCAGAGCGGUAAAGGCAUUGUAGCUAUUGCUGACGAUGAUGGCUACCUCCACACUGGCGACUUGGGGAGUAUAGAUGAGCAUGGGUUCAUCACCAUCCACGACCGUAUCAAGGAAUUGAUCAAGGUCAAAGGAAUUGGAGUGGCACCCGCCGAGUUGGAAGACGUGUUGCUGAGCCACGAGGCAGUACAAGAUGCCGCAGUUGUCGGGAUGCCAGACGAUUAUUCAGGAGAGGUUCCCAAGGGUUUUGUCGUGCUGAAGCCAGGCGCGAAAGCCAGCGCCAGGCAGUUGCAGGAUCUAGUAAGGGAGCGAAAAGCAAGAGCGAAAUGGCUGACGGGGGGAGUGGAGUUUUUGGAUGUAAUCCCGAAGAGCGCGUCGGGCAAGAUCUUGCGAAGGAAACUUAGAGAUAAGGUGCGCCGGGAUGUACAUGUACGACAGUCCAGAUUGUAG